UAAACUUAUGUCAGAAACUCAGUGGUCAGAACUUAAAAACAUUAAAAACGUGUAAACAGUGAAAAUUAGUGUUGAAAAUUAACUGUUGGAGAAUAUUUUCUAAAUAUGAAUGCACCACCGACAUUUGAGUCGUUUCUUCUUUACGAGGGAGAAAAAAAAAUAAUCAAAGAGCAGGAUACAAAGGUUCCAAAUGCGGCGAUAUUUACAAUCAACAAAGAAGAUCACACACUUGGAAACAUGAUCAGAAAUCAACUGUUGAAGGAUCCUCAAGUACUGUUCGCCGGAUACAAAGUGCCUCAUCCUUUGGAACACAAGUUUGUUAUCAGGAUUCAGACGACAUCGGAUUAUACGCCACACGAUGCAUUUAUGCACGCUAUUACGGAUUUAAUUGCUGAAUUAUCACUCUUCGAAGAGCGUUUCAAGGAGGCAAUAAAGGAGAAAAAAGAAGGAUUGGAUUAAUUAAUAGCAACGGUAAUAAUAUUCUUUUGUUUGUAUUAAUAAUUUAUAAGUUAGCAUUCGAUAAUGUACAAAAACUUGCAGAUAAACUAAGUUUAUAUGUGUAUAGAAUAAAUUAAUAGUUUUCUAAACUUUUAA